CGGAGCCAAUGGCAGACGCGCCGCAUCUCUCGACUGGCCUCAGCCGAGCGUUGGUCACAUCGAGACGUGAAGCGCUCACACGGCAGAUUUCGUUUGCGAAUCAACAGCAGCAUGAGCCACAGCGGGCACGGCGAGUGGGGCCACUUUGUCGCUCUCACGCCGACGCGCGACAGCUACCUCGAGGCGCGCGGUGACCUCAAGGAGCGGCUUCUCACGCGGUCUCCGCUGCCAUCGCCGGUAUUGCGCCCGCUCCGCCUCUCGCGCAAGACGGGCUGUCUCUACAACCUCAGCGCGCUCGACGACCAAGCUGGGCUGCCAGCCUCCAAGCCCACAGCCAAGAUGACGCUCCACGCGGCCAUCUACCCGAGCAUGCUGUGCCCGCGCAGCGAACCUCGGGAGGUGCAACGCGUCCCAUCGAUGGCCAGACAAGGUCCGCCAAUGGCCGCCAAGACGGGCAUCCUCGUGCUACCCGCCACAUCCUGGUGGGCAUCAACGACGGAGGUGCGCGUCGUUCUGGAAGGCGGCCGCGUCGCGUGGGUACCUGUGACACCCCGCUUCGAACCCAUCGCAGCCGCGCGCACACAGAGCUUGGUGCUCACGCCGCGCACGGUCGUCUGUCGCAUGCGAGAUGCAAGCCUCCAGCUGACGUCGGAACAUGGCGCGACCGUCCUCUUCCGCUGCCCAAGCCCAGCAGCCUGCAAGGCGUGGGUCGCUGCACUGACGCGUGCGAUUGUGAACGCGUCGCGGAUACCGCACGACCCGAUCGCGUCGGCGCCCAUUCGCAUCCUCCCGAGCAUGCGCAGCCGGUAGUCGUAGCGGCUCUAACUUAUGUAUUACAUGGUCGUGUCGGCGUUGCAACUGGUCUCAUCGACCCCAUUAGCAG